CACCACCCAUUCUCUACUCCACGACGAGCUUGCAGCAUCAUCGGAAGCGCGCAAGAUGUCAUGACGCGAAGACCGUCACAAUGCUGCCCGAACCGACGCUCACGCUGACCCUGCCCAGCAUUAACGACGGCCUCACCCUCGACUGCCGCGUCUACCACCCGCUGUCGCUCGCUGCGAAUCCCCGCGCCCCGCCAUGGCAGCGACAUGCCGCCGUGAUUGCGCACCCGUAUGCGCCAUUUGGCGGCUGCUACGAUGACCCCGUUGUUGAGACUGUGGCCGGACAGCUGCUGCGCAAGGGUUUUCUGGUUGGCACGUUCAACUUUCGCGGAGCGAGCGGUUCGGCAGGCCGGACAUCAUGGACUGCAAAGCCUGAGCGCGACGACUAUGCGACAAUGGUAGCCUUCAUCGUCUACUACGUUCACCACCUCGAUCCCUUCCGCCCGCAUUCUUCGUCUUCAGAUGUAUUCGGUCCGUCGCCAGACACGUUGAGCCCACCUGGCGAUGCUCCGGUACCGACUAUCCCGCCACCCGCGCCCCCAGUUCUCCUCCUGGGAGGUUAUUCCUACGGCGCCAUGAUCACCACCCAGAUCCCUCCGCUGCACGUUAUCCUCGAGCCGUUUGCGUCCCCGCUCGCUGGCUCCGACGCUGCCGAGGUUCGUCUCCGGGCCGAGCACCUCGCCCAGCAGCAAAAUGUCGUCCUGGCAAGUGCUCGUUCCGUUAUGCUGGAGCGUGGAAUCAGGAGCCCUAGCAAGCGCGGGGUGAGGAUUGGAGGCGACGAAGGAGGAAGCCCUAGGAAGAGUCACGAAAGCCACGGCGGUCGGCGAAGCUUCUCGCUUGAUGCCGAGGAUAAGAUCCGCAGGGGUGUGCACGACUUCGUGGCCAAGGCGAAAUCAGGACGACAUGGCCACAGGUUGUUCCACGCAAAGUUGGACAGUUAUGAUCGAGCGAUUACGCCUCCAAAACCGCCCCCGCCGCCGGAACCGCAGCCGGAUGAGAAACUAGCCGCCAUACGAAACCUGACGAUACCUGGUGCAGCCUACCUUUUGGUGUCGCCGCUCCAGGGUCUAGUCACUCACCUCGCCACCAUGUCACUGGUCCCUACCGCACUCGCGAAACAGAAGAGCCCUCAAGAAGCAGAGGCAGAGGAGAAGCUCGUUCGAAAUCCCACCCUGGCGGUGUUUGGAGACACGGACGUCUUUGUGGCGUCGCACAAGCUACGGGGAUGGGCGGCACGCAUCGAGGGGCGCCAAGGGUCUAAGUUCAAGGCGCACGAGGUCACAACUGCGGGACACUUUUGGGUCGAAGAGGGAGUUUUGUAUCGAAUGAGAGAUGAAGUUGCCGCGUUUGCGGACAAGAUACUUAUGAAUUAAUGCCGGGUGUGGCGAGGGUUGGUAAUGAGUCGUUUGCCUCCACUGCAAGCUAGUUUCAUAGAGUAACAUGUGUUGAAGGGACUAAGCGUAUAUACUACAUCCAUUCAAGCUAUAAAUAGAGCUCUUCUUUUCCCUCG